CCAGCGACUCAGUAUGUUGUUCAGCUUUAAUCUUCACACUUAAAUUCACUUUUGACUCAUUACAGCAGAGAAAAAGUCGGUUUUUUUACUCACCGGAUCCGUGACAGCAGUCGGAAACAGUUUAUCUCAGUUCAGUGUUUGUUUGUUGGUUUUAAAUCCGUUGAUAGUGGAUCUGUUUGUGGUCGUCGGGAGGAGCUGCAGCCCGAUGCCGGCAGGUGAUGGAUGUCAACGGCCGCGGUUCAAGGUCGAAGCUGCAGAAGAAAACGUCCCCCUUCUCUCUCCUCUCUCCUGACAGCUGGUCCCUCAGUGGGAAGAAGAGGAAGCAGGCCAGCAGAGAUGCAGACUCCCUCAGUCUCUGCAGUCUGGACAUCAAUGAGCCCAGCACAAAGCGCAGCAAACUCGUAUCCAGGAUGACGUCUCUGCUGCAACCUGUCAAGACGGCACCGCUGAAGAGGAUUGGUCAGACGCUGCAGCGCUCCAUCAGUUUUCGUAAUGAGGGUCAGACAGAGAGAGCAGCUCCUCCUCCACCCCCCCCCUCCUCUUCCUCCAUGAUGAAGACGCGUGUUCUCUCAGCAACACUCUCAAACCCGGGCUCAUCGAGCACAAUGACACGGGUUUCCACAGCAACGGUGCCAGCCGCCAAGCGCCGUGACAGCAAACUCUGGUGCGAGACCUUCGACGUGCGACUAGGAACGAUGCAGACUCUGAGCCCGAAAGAGAUCAAACGACAAGAGGCUAUAUUCGAGUUGGCUCAGGGUGAGCAAGACUUGGUGGAGGAUCUCAAGUUGGCUAAGAAGGCUUACCAUGACCCCAUGCUGAAGCUGUCAAUCAUGACUGAGCAGGAACUGAACCACAUCUUUGGCACUCUGGAUUCUCUGAUACCCCUCCAUGAAGACCUGCUGAGUCGACUCAGAAAUGCCAGAAAACCUGACGGGUCAACAGAACAUGUGGGACGCAUCCUGACUGACUGGCUGCCGUGUCUCUCCUCCUACACAUCGUACUGCAGUAACCAGGUGAAGGCCAAGACCUUGUUGGACCAGAAGAAGCAGGACCGGCGGGUCCAGGACUUCUUGCAGCGCUGUCUCCAGUCGCCUUUUAGCAGGAAGUUGGACCUGUGGAACUUCCUGGACAUCCCCCGCAGUCGACUGGUGAAAUACCCGCUGCUGCUCAGGGAGAUCGUGAAGCACACGGCCAACGACCACCCGGACCGGCAGCACCUGGACGAGGCGAUGCUGAUGGUUCAGAGCGUGGUGGGGGACAUCAACAGGCUGACGGGGGAGUCAGAGUGUCAGUACUACAAGGACCGCCUGUUGUACACAGAGGAGGCGCAGAGGGACGAGCUCAUCGACCGCUCCAGGACCCUCAGCUGCCACGGAGAGCUGAAGAACAACAGGGGACUCAAGCUCCACGUGUUUCUGUUCCAGGACGUCCUCGUCAUCACCAGGUCCAUCUCGCUGAACGAUUAUCCGGUCAGUUACCAGCUGUGCCGCCAGCCAAUACCCAUCCGGCAGCUGGACCUGGAGGACCUAUCAGACGGAGAGAUGCGAGUGGGCGGGUCCAUCAGAGGAGCCUUCAGCAACAACGAGAGAACAAAGAACUUCUUUCGGGUUUCCUACUGUGCCGGAGGUCAGCUGCAGAGCCACUGCUUCCAGGCCAGCGACACCUUCAACAAGCAGCAGUGGAUCAACUGCAUCAGACAAGCCAAAGAAGCUGCAGCGCUGACAGAAGACCAGCCCCCACAGAUAGGACAAUGUGUGGAGACAGAGCCGAGUGGACAGACAGGGUUGCUGGGUGAGAUGGGGCUGCUGGGUGAGAUGGGGCUGCUGGGUGAGAUGGGGCUGCUGGGUGAGAUGGGGCUGCAGGAAGAAGAAAAUUGUAUGUGGAGGGAGGGGGAAACAGGGCGAGAGGUAGGUCUUAUCGGAGAGACAGAUCUGGGGAAAGAGGAAGACGUGGGUUUGAGUCACGAGACAUUGAUGGGCAUGGGUGGGGGGAUGGGGACAGGUUCGUGUUUGAAUGAAGGGACUGUUUUGGAAUUAGAUGGAACAACAAUGAAGGAUGUUGAGACAAGGCUGAAAGAGACGGGCAAGAUGGAGACAGGACAGGGAGUCGGUGAAGAGAUGGGAACCGGAGCAGACUGGAGGAUGGAUGGAGGAGGAGAGGUGCUGAGCCGAGGUCCUAAUAAUGUCCCCACCUUCCUUCUCUCCCCUGCUUCUCCCUGUCGAGAGGAGAAGGAGCGGGAGGUGAUGGAGGAGGAGUGUAGCAGCACUGAGGAGGGGGAGGAGGUGGACAUGGACACAGACCUGCAGGGCGAGGAGCUGGACCUCAGGUGCUGAUGUUAGACUCAAACGGGAGGAUGAUGCACUGAGGCACUGGCAGCCAAUCAAAUCGAUGAUGAUGUCACUAAAAGGCAGACAGAACAUCCAACACACUAACCUGCCCUAAAUAGCAUGGGAGUUUCCUUAGUUUGUCCAACACCUUAGUAUGAAACCAAUAGCAUGUGAAAUGCAUACUAUUUCUGUAAAACUGUGUACACACUGGCAUAAAUAUCCCACAAUGCAAUGUGGGAGUGACGCCAAAAUGCAUAACAAUCACCAUGGUAGAUCUGGAACAAGAUAUACAAGUUUGCCUGCAUUUUCUAACAGCUGAAGGACUUCUACAGACGUGAAGGAAAAACAAAAAACUCAAGAGGUUCAUUGUUCCUUGCUGUCAGGUGGAGGCUGUCGGGAAGUGGUAGUUACAGCUCUGUGUGUCUGAAAGAUACAUAAUGCUGUUUAUUCACACUAAAAUAUGUGAAAUAAUGGUACACAUAUUGUGUGAAACAUAGUAUGCGAUUUCAGACGCAGCUCCAUUUAACUGUACUUAAUGCAAGGAUGUAUUGAGAGAAUUGCAUACCAUGUUAAAGGAUGCCAAAAAGGAUUUCCUCGUGCUUUUCUAUUUUUGGCUCACAGACCAACUUACCGCAGACUAACCCUGAUUUACUGAUACGGCUCUAAAAGACUUUAUUUUUUAUCUGUGAUAAACGCUCAAAUGCUGAUAAUGCAAACACUUGUUUGGAGAGUUUGUAAUACCCAGAAAUUGUAUUUAUGUUAAUACUGUCUGUUGUUUUAUUUCACAGACAGUCUUUUCUAGCUUCCCGGUUUCUUUUUUCUUAAUACGUUUCUUCAUUAUACUGGCUCAAUGUUAUUCUUUUCUUUUGAUCUGCCUUUGGAAAAACUGUUUUGCUGCAAAUAGUCUAGGCCUUUACAUAAGACAGUCCACUCAUUCAUUGUCAAAUUUGAAGUCUUACUUUAUGAACUUCUGCUAUUUGCUGGUUCAGGACGGUAAGAAUUUCAGCAGCAUUCUCAGGUAUUACAAACAAAAUGUUAAUGCGGAGAGACCAAAUGAGUCCAUCUCAUAAAAGUCAAUGGAAGACAAUGACAUGUUUUUAAUGGCAAAGCUUUUUAAUCAAUGAAUCAUGCUUGCAGCUGUGACUACCACUCAACAAUAACACAAUCAUUAUAUUUAAAAAAGAAAACACUACCGGAAUUUCCCUUCCGGAUUGAAUGCCUUAGGGAAAUUCCAGUAUUGUGUCUCUUACUGUAGACACUUAACAAUUCUGCUGCAGGGAUUGGAUAAAUGAGGCAGGAACUAGUCAGCCAGAGCUCAGCACCUGCUAAAGCUUUACAAAUCAAAUUAACCAGUAAUUAUCUGAAACUUAUACCUUUCAUUUUGUAGAUUUUCUGUUCUUCCAGCUCACUCCAAGCAUUCCUUGCUCCUUCGCCUUUCUCCUAGCUUGUUUUAACUCUUUAAAUAAUGUCUUAAAAUCUGUUGUAAUGUCUGAAAACACCUGUUGCAUUUUCAACGUUUCAAAUGACUUUUACAACACUUUAAUAAUGAAUGAAUGUAAUCAUUUGCAAAGAUUACAGUAUCUAGUUGUAUGGCAAUGCUCAAUGCAGACAGUGAUGUUAAUACAAUGUUUUUUUUUACGUCAAGUGAAAGGUUGUAACAUUUCAACAUUUGAAACCAAUUAGCUCUUUAGACUCCUUUAAUGAAGGUUUUAAGUCACAUAUACUGUAUGAUUCAAAACCACUGCUGUUAUCGUUCAAUACUGUAGGCACAGAUAAACCUUCUGUACACCACCUUUCCAAAAUCAAACAGCAGACAGAUAAGAUUAUGAAGUGAAGAAAGUGGAAAAUCUUGCAGCUGAAAAGCCAGAUAUUUCUCUCAGGAGUACUGGCCUUCCUAUCUUCAGAUGGAAAGAAAGAAGACAACUCUAAUGUGACAUUCUUUCACUUUUUAAAUGACACGGAGGUUGCUGUUGCAAAGAAAUGAUAAAUGCAGUGUUUGCAAUAUUUUCACAAGAGUAUUGCUGAAACAGAAAAUGUGGUGUGACUUUUCACUUAACUGUAUUUGAUCAUCUCAAAUAGUUGUGUAUAAAUGAAUUAGUUGGAGGUAUAUAGAAUCCCCGAGUGGACAGUGUGGAAAAAAGGUUCUGAUGAUUUCUGAGGUAAAUGGGUUUGUCUCGUGUUACUCACCCGAAAGCAAACAUGAAAGAUUAUGAUAUAGUGAGCAUUACACACACAAAGGUUUUUUCUCUCCUUGUCAUAGAUUUAAAAAAGGAUCCUGGCAAAUAAUCCUUGCAUAAGCUUUUCUUCCUGUUUCACAAAUCAUAUUUUUAAGGAAUUUGGAAAGAUUGUCUUAUCAAAACCUUUUUUCAACUGUUUUUAUUUCAUAAACUCAGGAGAGAAACAAUUAUGAUGUUGCAAGUGGAUAACCAUAUUUCUUUUUGUAUUACCUCCCUCUUUCAUUAAUACACAUUUACCUAUUCAGUAUUAAUAUCAUUUUAAGGUCAUUUUAGCAUGGAGUCUGCCUAAAGCAUUCCUAAUUCAUUAAACUGUCAGUAAUUACUGAUCUAUUUUUUGAAGUCGGUUUGAAAGAUGUCCUUGCAGCUGCUGAAGGAGUUUCUAGGAAAGUAAAUGCUGUUUUGUUGUGCCAACCAGAGAAGUCCUAAAGCAGGAAUAUGUUGUGUAUGUAUGUAAAGAGUGUAUAUUAAGUCUAUCUGUAUAUGAAUGUAGGAACGAAGCCAGGCAUGUCUGUUUGUUAUAUUUUUGAUUACACAUAACCUGUAAAAUAUGA